AUGCCAGCUCAUCGUUUACUACCACCGCACAUGGCUGCACGAUCAAGCAAUCGCAGUGUUGAUUUGUGUUGGUGCGUUGGACAACUUUGUAACGACUAUCCAAGCGUUCCUAUGAACUCAGUAUCCACUCGAACGCUUUACGGUUAUUUCAUCGGUGAUGUUUUGGAGAAAACUACAAUAUCCUGCGCUACACAAAAAUGCAUUCAACCAGCAACAAAAAAAAAAUGA